AAGAAAAAAAUUUGACACUUCUGGACCCGUUCAAAUCCGCAUGUGUACGGUAAGUUGGCCCGUUCCACAGAGUAAUAUUAUUUUUAGCAAUAAAAAGAAGUAUUAUUUUUGCCUUUUCAUAUAUAUUUUAUCACCACAGAGAAAUAAAAGGGCUUAAAGAAAAAAAAAUUGACACUCCUGGAUCCAUUCAAAUCCGCAUGUGUACGGUAAGUUGGCCCGUUCCACAGAGGAAAGAGAAAAAAAUUGACACUCCCUAUUCUACCCUUCCUACAAACGCUCCUGGAGCAGGGAAUUUGAAAUGAGGGAAUAGUUUUUUCCUCCCUGGUAUUAUAUGUUUUUAAUUUAAUAACAUAUAACAAAUGUACAUAGUGUGAUUGGUUACAAUCCUUGUUUUUCUUUAUAAUGGUCAUGGUUCGAAUCCCAUUACAUGUUUUUUAAUGAAUAAAAAAAUCAUUGUGAAGACUAAAAUGUCCUUCCUACUUUUACUCUCGUUGCAGGAAAUUUGAAAUGGAGCUCCUGUUUUUCCUUCGGCGUAUUAUAUUAUGUGUAGAUUCUUCAAAAACUAACCCCCUAUGCCUUGGUUCAGCCGACAAUUUAUAGUACUGGGUAAAAGUAAAACCCUACAUAAUAAAGGUCCAACUCAAAAUAGAAAAGACAAUGACAAUAAACAUAAGCCCAAUUCCCCAGCUCAUGCAAGGCACGUUGCAUGCUCCUCCUCCUCGCACUCUACUUCUCCUUCUUCCUGUCCCGACGUUCAAGGAAUUGGCUUGCCGCCACCUCCACUGCAUCAUCCUCGCCGGGGUGAGCGGGAUUCGCCCUCGAAUUGUCAUCGUCAGAGUCGUCGCCAACGAACGGAACAAGGUGCUUGACGUUGAAGACAUCGGCUGUACGAAUAUGGCUGGGAAGCUUGAUAUGCAUUGGGGUUGAUCUUCUCGAUGAUCUCAACGGGGCCUAUCUUCCGGGCCGCCACCUUGUGAUAAUCACCAGCGAAAAAACGGUCCUUGGUGAGGACUGCCCACACAUAGUCGCCAACAUCAAACUCCACAUGGCGACGUUUCUGAUCGGCCGCUCUUUUGUGCCUGGCCACGGCGCUCUCCAGGUUGGCGCGCACAGCUUGAUGAAUGUCCUGCAAGUGAUUGACAAAAUCGGCAGCUCGACCAUGGAUCCGGGUUUUAUCAGGCAAAGCAAGUAAGUCCAACACGGCCCUCGCGGAGUCAUGGAGUAGACGACCUGAAACGGACUGAACCUAGUACUUCGAUUAACCGCAUGAUUAUGUGCGAACUCAGCUUGGCACAACUUCAAAUCUCAGCUCUUCACAUUCUCCCCCACCAAACAUCGGAGUAAAUUGCCCAGAGACCGGUUCAUCGUUUCAGUUUGCCCAUCGGUCUGCGGAUGGUAAGCACUACUAAAGUUCAGCUCCGUGUUAACUAUUUUCCAGAACCUCGUAUCCCGGUCAAAAACAAUGGAAGUAGGCAACCCCUGUAAUCGAUAAACCUCCCGAAAGUAUAGCUAGGCCACACGAACAGCUAGAGGUGGCAAUUAGGAUCCAAAUCCAUAAUCCAAUCUAUCCACCAAAUUAUCCACCUAAUCCAAUCCACUUAAAUCCAAUCCAUUUGAUCCAAAUCCAAUUGGAUUGGUGGAUUCAUGGAUCAAUCCAUGGAUCCAAAUGGCAAAUUAUGAUUUGGUACCUAUAUUUUUUAUACUUUACAUUUUGGUACCUAAAAUUUAUAUUUUUAUACGAAAAAAUAUCAUUAGAAAAUUACAUUUUGGUACCUAAAUUUUUUUAUUAUGACAAUUUAAUACCUAAACUUUUCAAAAUUUACAUUUUGGUUCAAGCCUUGGAUGUCAUUUUGGAUUCAUGGAUCAAUCCACCAAUCCAUUUGAUCCAAUCCAUGAAUCCACCAAUCCAUUGGAUCCAAUCCAUUUGAUCCAUGGAUCCACCAAUCCAAUCCACGAAUCCGAUCCAAUUGCCACCUCUACGAACAGCAUCAGUAGUCUUCUUACAGGGAAUAAAAUGUACCAUCUUGGAAAAUCGAUCUACAACCACAUAGAUGGAAUCAUUACCCCGUUGAGUACGAGGCAACCCGAGCACGAAGUCCAUGCUGACGUCAACCUAGGGUUGUGACGGGAGUAUACAUUAGUGGCUCUUCCCUUUGAAACCUGACAAACACGACAAUGUUGCACAAAGCGUUGGACUUCCCGAUGCAUGGUUGGCCAAAAAUAGCUAGCCUGCACAAGCUGUAAGGUACGGUCACGUCCCACAUGGCCCUCUCCAUGCAGCUCACGAACGAUCAAUGGCCGUAGACUGCAAUUCGGAAUACAUAAUCGAUUACCUUAAAGAGGAACCCAUCCUGCAGGAGAUAAUUUGUUCGAUGUCCAGCCCGAACUGUUGCAAGUAUAGGGGAAAAGAAAGGUUCAUCCUCCAAUUCGGCAAAAGUAGCAAAGCAGGGUACCUGAACUGCCAAUCUAUUCAGAAGACUUCGCCGACGGCUCAGUGCAUCGGCGACCCGAUUAGUAAUUCCACUCGUAAUGCUUCACCAUAAAAGGUAAAGCCUCCAAAAUAAGAUACCCACGAUGCAUGCAUUGCUAAUACUUUGUCUUGCCCAUACAAGUAUUUGAGCGCUUCAUGGUCAGUGUACAAAAUGAACUCACGAUGGAAUAAAUAAUGACGGCAGUGCUUCACGGCUUGGACCACAGCAUAAAACUCUACAUCAUAA